AUGUCACAUUUAGAAGGAAAAAACCAAUUUGAAGAUAAAAUGGAACGACUCGGUAAUCGACAAGUUUUCUCAAUCCAAGAUGAAGUAAUUCUCAAAAAGCUUUUUGCUGCUGAGAAUACUUUCUGGAAGAAAUUUGAAAGAGAUGAAAUUUCUUCGAUAGAUUUUGGGUUGGUUGAUGAGAGAGAGGUUAUCAUCGUUACUUUAGAUCUACCGAAGGGAUCACCAUUACAAUUUUCUUUGCCCAUUGGGCAUUUAAACGAUCCACCAAAUGCAUGUACGCUAGGCUUAUUAGUUCAAACAAGAUCAAAACCCGGAUGUAUUUAUAUUCUUACCACAAGACAUGGGGUUGGGAAGAAAGGUUCACCAAUAUGUCAACCAGGUAAAUUAGAUAAUGUAGAUAAUAUUUCUAAGGGUUGUGCCACAGUUACAAAAUACAACUCCUUGAGUACCAACAAAGAUGGAUGCCUCCUUGAUUACGUCUUAUGCAAGAUCUCCAAUAAUAAUAGGGUGCCAGCAAAUCCAAAUAAAAUAUAUGGAAGUGAAAUAACUGUUUGCAGUUUCAAGACUUCUGUAAGCAAUGAUUCAAAUAAUAUAAUAGAAGUUAGAAAGGUUGGUAGGAGUACGUAUUUCACGGAAGGAAAAAUGAUAGAUCAAUGGGUUAAGAUUAAAUCCUCAGCCUUCAAAGAUAAAGAUCGUAAAAGAGUCUCUGUUUUAAAGGUACAUGGUACUAAUGGACCAUUUGGUGCUCCAGGAGAUUCGGGUUCUCCAGUUUUUGAUAAAGACAAUCAGGUGGUAGGAAUUCUUCAUGGAGGAUAUGAUAACAGACCAGACGCCUAUCCAUUUAAUUAG